GACCCGGAAGUGUUCGUGGAGCAUGGUUGCGGUUAAUUGGGGCCUAUGCGCAAUAGCAGAAGCUUGACCGGAAUAAAUUAAUUAAUUUUGAGCUUUUAAGAUAGUAGAUCCAUAUUCUCUUGGUCAAUGAGACGCACAGAAAGCUUCCGACUGUGACUCAAGUGUAUCGGGCUGCCACGGAUAAUGAGUAAUUCCUCCUCUGCUAGUCAGACUAGUUGUCUUCUGGAGGGAAGAAGUUUAGAUAAAGCUGAGCAACAGUGUACACUGGGUACUAUUGGGACAAGGCUUAUGUCGACAGGGCCUGUGGGGAGAUCUGAUGGGGACCAGUCCCCCUCGGCACAGAAACGUACCGCUACUCAAGCCUUCAGCCUACUUCCCAAACGCAGGAGCUCAUCCAGAUCCAUAAAACGCAAGAAAUUUGAUGAUGAGCUAGUUGAAAGCAGCCUGGCUAAAUCUUCCACUCGGGCAAAGGGCCCAACAGGGAUGGAACCUGCGCGAUACUCUGGCAGUGAACCAUCAUCCAAUGAGAAGAAAAAAAUAUCAAAAUCUGCCACAGUGCCAUUAGCUCCCAGCAGCAUUGUCAAACGGCUAAAGAAAAGCAAGCAGCCACUUCAAGUCACAAAAGAUCUUGGACGAUGGAAGCCAACAGAUGACUUGCUGUUAAUAAAUGCUGUUUUGCAGACAAACGACUUGACUGCCGUGCACCUAGGCGUGAAGUUCAGCUGUCACUUCACAUUACGGGAGAUCCAGGAGCGGUGGUACGCGCUGCUGUAUGAUCCUGUUAUAUCCAAACUGGCUUGUCAGGCAAUGAGACAGCUUCAUCCUGAAGCAAUUGCAGCAAUUCAGGCCAAGGCUCUCUACAGCAAGGCAGAGGAGCAACAGUUGGCGAAGAUUGGAUCGACCAGUCAACCUACUCUGGACACUUUUCAGGAGUUGCUAAACAAACACCCAAAUGUUUUCUAUCAGUCACGAACUGCCAAAUCCCUUCAAGUUCACUGGCAGCUGAUGAAACAAUAUUACCUCUUAGAAGAUCAAACAGUCCAACCAUUACCUAAAGGAGAUCAAGUUCUGAACUUUUCUGAUGCUGAAGAUAUGAUAGAUGACAGCAAACUCAAGGAAACGAGAGACGAUGUCCUGGAACAUGAGCUCACCCUAGCAGACCGACGGCAGAAACGAGAGAUUCGGCAGCUGGAACAGGAGCUUCCGAAGUGGCAGGUUCUAGUUGACAGUGUCACAGGUAUCAGCUCUCCUGACUUUGAUAACCAGACGCUGGCCGUUUUGCGGGGAAGAAUGGUACGAUACCUGAUGAGGUCUCGAGAGAUCACGUUGGGUAGAGCCACAAAAGAUAAUCAGAUUGAUGUGGACCUUUCUUUAGAAGGACCAGCAUGGAAAAUUUCCAGAAGGCAAGGUAUAAUAAAGCUGAAGAACAAUGGAGACUUCUUCAUUGCCAAUGAAGGUCGACGUCCCAUCUACAUCGAUGGCAGGCCAGUGCUGAGUGGAAAUAAAUGGAAAUUGAACAACAAUUCUGUCGUUGAAAUUGCUGGUCUUCGUUUUGUGUUCUUAAUUAACCAGGAUCUGAUUGCACUGAUCAGGGCUGAAGCUGCCAAGAUGAACCAGCAGUGAGAGGGAGUUCCUAGUCUCUGAGCAAACAGUGGCUAAAAUAAUGAUGAAUGCACUCUUACCGCUGUCCAGGAUUUGUAAGCCUUCCAUAACUUGGACUGUUUCAUUUAAUUUUACCAGGAUUAACAACUCUGGACCAGGGCUAUCUGCUAUUACUGAUGUACAUUUGUCAUUGGCUACCUAAUGGAAGGUACGGUUUUACCCUGCACAUGGACAACUGAAUUAAAAGUGGUACAUAGAGGCAAGAGGAAGGAUAGCAUGAGGCUUUUUUUUGCAAUUGUAAAUGACGCACCUGGAAGAUGACUCUAGCUACAGUCUUUGUUUUCCCAGAAAUCUAUUCCUGUCUUCUAUCAUGAUUUUCUGUAAGAUUUUCAUGACAAUGAUUCAAUAGAAUUAAACCAUGGAAUACUGAUAGUGUAAUCUGAGCACGAGCUCCUGCUUCAGUUUUGAACAGUUGUUACAUUUUCACCUUUUUAAAGAAAAAAGGUUGUGGAAAACCUUUUUGAAUAAAUGUUCUGUUUUUCGGCAGCCCUUUCCGUUUCAAAAUGAGCAGUGGACUCGAUGUCAAUCUGCUAAAACCAGUGGUAAUAAUUCAUUGGUGGUGCUUUUAUGGCAUUACUACCCACACCAUUCCCAAAUGAAACUAAACACUUUUGUCUGAUGUCAGAUUCAUACUGGUGUGUUUGUCACACAGCAAGAUGGCUUCAUAGCCUCCUGGGUCUUGAGUUUUGGGUUUCAGGGAUGUCUGAGAUGGAGACAAUUUAAGCAGCAGAGAUUAGUUUGCCCUUGCACAGUCAGACUCUGGAUUGCAUGCUGAUCGUGAGAUGGAGUUGGCUGGUUAAUUGGCUACUGUAAAUGAUCCCAAGUAGGUGGGAGGCAGGACAAUCAAGGGAGUUGAUGGACAGGUGAGAGAGAAUAGGUUAUUGGGAAAUAAAUGGGGGAAUGAGAUUGAUGGGAAUUUUCCAAGAGCUUGCAUAGACUCAAUGGGCCAAAUGGCUGCCACCUAUGUUGUAAGGAAAUAUGAACACAAUGUUGGGAAAUGUGGUGGAGCUGAGGUGGUGGCUGUGGGUCACUUGCAUGACUGAACUGGAUUUUUUUUUGUUAAAAUGGUUCCUGAUCAGAAUAGUGAGGUUAAAGUAUGGGCAAGUGUAUGUACACAUGAUAAUGUGAGUGAAUUAAUGAUCUGUUUAUGAUUAAAAGUGAAAACUUACCAAACAGUUGUAUGUAAAAGCACUGCUAGUAUUUUUAAUAUUUUAGGCACUGGAAUAAACCCCCAGCCAAUUUCAUUGCAUUCCUGGGAUAUGUUAGGCACUCGAGCCUUUUAAUUUCAGCCACUGUCCAAUAUAUGUUAGAAAAGAAAAUAUGCUUUUGAUAGUUUUUGAUCUUGACAAACUGAAGAUUAUGACACUUCUAAACCAGGGGUAGGUUGCUUAAGAGAGGCUAAUUUAAAAGCAAAAACGUGUGUUUGUAUCAAGGACAAAAAUAAAUUGUCUUGCGCAUUUUUGUUUUCCAAGAUUUGAUUCUUGAGAAAAUUUACUUGAUCAUUAAGCUGAGUAACUAGGUUCAAGAAAUUGCAAGAAUAAAAUAUUAAAGCAUGGAUAUUCAAGGCUUAGUUUUUAAUGGUUGCCACUCUGGUGGUGACAAUGAAUGUUGUUAUUUCUCUGGUGGGUUGGUACAAAUUUUGCUUCAACUAUGAUGUGAAACAAAGUAGCUUUCAAAAGGGAAAUCGAUAAAUAUUUCAAUUCAAAAUAUUCACAAUUCCAAAAAAAUCAAGGAACUAGGUCGAAGUGACUACUGUUUCAGAGCUGCCACAGUGGCCUCAUGCUGUAUAAUUCUACAUCCAUUUAAAUAGCCAUUUCUUUGCUCUGAAAUUUCUCAAGACAUUGUUUACAGGGUUUAGUAGCCUUCAGGUGGGCUGUGAAGAUGUGCUUUAAAGAUGUUGUUUAAUGGAAUUCAGUUGUACUUACUUAACAAAAUUAAAAAGGUAAAUUUUUGUCUUAAAAUUUACACACAAUCAUAAACCC